AAAUUUUGCAAGAGAAAAACGGAAAAGGGCAAAAGAAUACCAAACUAAAAAUAAUCAUCCCCCUCCACUUCCAAAGAUUUCCCUCGGUUUCCGACGCGUUUCUGAAUCUCUUUCCCUCUCCGAUAAAACUUCAGUUCGAAUCCAUCCUUUUUAUGUGUGCUUUGGACUGAUUGCAUUUGGAAUUCUUCGAGAUUCUCAUACUUUCUAAUCGUUUUGCAAUUUGGAAAUAGUUUGUUUUGUUAUUGUGCUGUUUUAGUUUUUUUCUUUUUUUUUUUUUUUUUUCUGAUCUCCUCGAAUUUUUGUUCCCGGGUUUCUUCAAUCGACUUCCGAUCGGCUGAUUCCGGUGUGAGAAAGUUAGUGCGUUUAGUGUUCGAUUGUUCAUUGUUGUGACGCUUCAGGAUAGAUUGGGGACUUGAUUUUGGUAAUUUUUUUUGAGAGUCCGUUAGGGUUUUGCAUCUUUGGCGUAGAGAGAAUUGGUUAGACUAAAUUAAAAACCUUAAUCCUUGCUUAUAAGCUUUUGCUUCGUUCCGGGAUGCUAAUUUGACGAUGAAUCAAGGCGGCAAUACUGAAACCUUAGUUCCUGCGCAACCUAGUUCGCUCGAGAAUCAACACAUUGGUGACGGAAAUCAAUCAGCGACGACAUCAACAUAUCUGCCUUUGACAUCCGCUCCAGAAGCCAUAGCAUGGGCUAAUCACAAGGUGGAUGGCAGUUCCAAUGAGAAUGGGUUGCUCCCAAAUUCCACUUUCCAAUAUAAUCAACAAGUGCUCCCACCUGCAAGAAAUGUACAAGAUGGUCUAAACGUGUCUUCUGUUGCUUGUAGUUCAUCAAGUUUUGUGACAUCAAAUGCGCCACAAGAUUACAAUGCCUAUGCACCAUAUUCCAAUUCUUCUGAUCCUUAUGGUUAUGCAAAUGCCGGUUACCAAGGUUACUAUAACAACUAUCAGCAGCAACCCAACCAUUCUUAUUCACAGCCUGUAGGAGCAUAUCAAAACACAGGUGCUCCUUAUCAGCCCCUUUCCUCAUAUCAAAAUACAGGGUUUUAUGCUGGGUCUACAAGUUAUUCAACCACUUACUACAAUCCUGGUGAUUAUCAGACAGCUGGAGGUUACCCAACUAGCAGCUAUAGCAAUCAGACUACCUCCUCAUGGAAUGGUGGCAAUUAUGGAAAUUAUGUUCCUAAUCAGUAUUCUCAGUAUACAACUGAUUCUAGUGGAGCUUACAGUUCGAGUUCUACAAAUGCAAAUUCUCUACAGUAUCAACAACACUACAAGCAGUGGGCCGAUUACUACAGUCAAACAGAAGUUAGCUGUGCCCCUGGGACUGAAAAACUGUCCGCGCCGGGUACUGCUACUGCAGGCUAUCAGGUUCAUGGUUCAACUAAUUAUCCUGCACCAAACAGCCAACCUCCACCUUCAUAUACCCCCUCAUGGCGGCCAGAAUCUGGUUCAUCUGAACUGGUUUCUGCUCAGCCUGGUGCUGUAAGUAGUGGUAAUCAUGAUGGUUACUGGAAGCAUGGGACUCCAAAUUCUCAAGUGCACCUUACUAAUGCUACUCAACCUCACUUUGAAAAGCCUCUAGAUUUAAAAACUUCUUAUGAUAGCUUUCAGGAUCAACAGAAAAGUGCAGGUCCCCAGGGGCCUAAUUUACAAUAUCCAGCACAUUUGGCUCCCCAGAGCUAUCAGUUACCUUCACAAUCUGUUCCACCUUUGGAAGCUAGAAGGACCAAGCUGCAGAUUCCAACAAACCCUAGGAUUGCUUCCAAUUUGAGCAUACUAAAAACCAGCAAGGAUAGCUCCACAGCUGAUGCUGCUGUACAACCUGCUUACGUCAGUGUUUUGCUGCCGAAGCCAAAUGAAAAAGAAUUGUCCAAUGAUACUGCAGUUUUUUUUUUUUUUUUUUUUUUUUUUUNUGAGAGGGCUUUGGCACGAUGUAAAGAUGAGAAGCUGAUGACAUCUUGCCAAUCAGUUCUGAAGGAGAUGAUCACAAAGGCAACUGCUGAUGGCACGCUUUAUACAAAAGACUGGGAUGUUGAGCCUCUUUUUCCGCUGCCUAGUGCGGAUGCAGUUAAUUCAGACAAUUUACAUGGUUCAACUCCUCUUUCUUCAUUGUCGAAGUCCAAGAGAAGCCCAAGCAGAAGAUCCAAGAGUAGAUGGGAGCCUUUACCUGUGGAAAAACCAGCUGAAGCACCUCCUUCUUAUAGUAAUGGUGCUGCUACAAAAUAUGGUGGCUGGGCCAAUGUUAGCGAAAGGGACAAAAAGAAUUUAUCUGGGAAUUCUGAGACAAAGGAUGUGAGCAAUUCAAGAUUCACUCUGUGGAAUCAGAGAACUGUGGGCAAGAUUUCCCAAGGACCAGCAAAGAAGCAGCGAGUUCUUGAUGGGAGUCCACUUGAUAAUGAUGGGGCAUCUGGCGAUAGUGAUAAGGAGCAAAGUUUGACAGCAUACUACUCUGGGGCCAUGGCACUCGCAAACUCGCCUGAAGAAAAAAGGAAACGGGAAACCCGAUCCAAGCGUUUUGAAAAAGGGCAUGGCCAUCGUGGAGAAAAUAAUCACUUCAAACCUAAAAAUGCUGGAAUUGGAAGCUUGUAUACUCGAAGGGCUAGUGCCUUGGUUCUUGGAAAAAAUUUAGAGGACGGUGGCUGCAGAGCUGUUGAAGACAUUGACUGGGACGCUCUUACCAUUAAAGGGACUUGCCAGGAAAUUGAGAAACGUUAUCUCCGUCUUACUUCUGCUCCUGACCCUUGCAGUGUAAGACCCGAAGAAGUACUGGAAAAAUCUCUCAAUAUGGUUCAAAUGUCUCAAAAGAAUUAUCUAUAUAAAUGUGAUCAAUUGAAAUCCAUUCGUCAGGAUCUGACUGUACAGAGAAUUCGCAAUCAACUAACAGCUAAGGUAUACGAGACUCACGGUCGAUUAGCCUUAGAAGUUGGUGACCUGCCGGAGUAUAAUCAGUGCCAAUCACAGCUAACGACUCUGUAUGCCGAGGGAAUUGAGGGAUGUUACAUGGAAUUUGCUGCUUAUAACUUACUCUGUGCGAUCUUGCACUCUAACAACAAAAGAGAUCUAUUAUCAUUGAUGUCAAGGUUGUCAGAUCAAGCAAAAAAAGAUGUAGCUGUUAGCCAUGCUCUCGCAGUUCGUGCUGCUGUCACCUCUGGGAAUUAUGUCAAGUUCUUCAGACUGUACAAAGCAGCUCCCAACUUAAAUGCAUGUCUGAUGGAUCUCUACUCAGAAAAGAUGCGUUACAAAGCUCUAAAUUGCAUGUCUCGUUCAUAUCGCCCUUCUCUACCUGUUCCUUACAUUGCUCAGGUCUUAGGCUUUUCUACUUCAUCUGGAGAUGAAGUUAGGGACAAGGACGUGGAUGGAUUGGAAGAAUGUACGGAAUGGUUGAAAGGGCAUGGAGCUUGCCUCAUAACAGAUAAUAAUGGAGAGAUGCAGCUUGAUGCAAAAGCUUCAUCUACAACUCUCUAUAUGCCAGAGCCUGAAGAUGCGGUGGCUCAUGGAGAUGCAAAUCUUGCUGUGAACGACUUUUUUACGCGAGCAUCCUCAUAAAACAAAAGAAAAUAAAGUAGGUGCAUCCUGUUGUUCCUAGCAAACUGGACACUUUUACUGUCCUCAACAAGCUGAUGUAAAAAACAAAGGAUGCUUCAUAUCGACCGAACUUUCGGAGGAAGAUUACACUAUUCCCAUCUCCAGUUUGUAACAGUAUAGAAGGAUGGACAGGUACAGUGUUAAGAUUUGAGUGAAACUAUCAAUAUAUGCCUUAAAUGGGAGAGAGGAAUAGCAUUCUGUUCAGGAAUCAUCGUAACUGUUCAUUAUUUAUUGGUAUUACUAGCAGUAGCAAAGAUUGAUAGAAAUAAAAGUAAAUUGUAUUUUAAUGUA